AAAGCCCUAAAACCGCCCACUCUCUGUUUCUUCUUCUCCUCCUCAGUCUCUAACCGUAGUUCCGUCACUUUUGUAAACGCAAAACCACAUCGCUCUCUCUCGCUCUCUCUAGAAAGCAACCGUUCUGGUUCACCGAGGCGGAAGAAGAUGUCGCUGAGAGUGCUGAACCCAAACGCGGAGGUGCUCAACAAAUCGGCCGCACUGCACAUGAACAUCAAUGCCGCCAAGGGCUUGCAGGACGUCCUCAAGACCAACCUCGGUCCCAAAGGCACCAUCAAGAUGCUUGUUGGUGGGGCCGGUGAUAUCAAGCUCACCAAAGACGGAAACACUCUCUUGAAAGAAAUGCAAAUUCAAAACCCUACAGCUAUCAUGAUUGCAAGGACGGCUGUUGCUCAAGAUGAUAUAAGUGGAGAUGGCACGACUUCUACUGUGCUCUUUAUCGGCGAGCUUAUGAAACAGUCAGAACGGUACAUUGAUGAAGGAAUGCAUCCCCGUAUGCUGGUUGAUGGUUUUGAGAUUGCUAAAAGAGCAACUCUCCAAUUUCUUGAAAAAUUUAAGACUCCUGUGAUUAUGGGUGAUGAGCCUGACAAAGAGAUCCUGAAAAUGGUAGCAAGGACAACUCUCAGAACAAAGUUGUAUGAAGCACUUGCAGAUCAAUUGACUGAAAUAGUUGUUAAUGCGGUGUUAUGCAUUCGCAACCCUGAGGAAUCCAUUGAUCUGUUUAUGGUGGAGAUUAUGCACAUGCGGCAUAAAUUUGACGUAGACACACGCUUGGUUGAGGGUCUUGUCCUUGAUCAUGGCUCCAGACAUCCUGAUAUGAAGCGGCGAGCUGAGAAUUGUUAUAUCUUGACAUCCAAUGUUUCUUUGGAGUAUGACAAAAGUGAAAUAAAUGCAGGCUUUUUCUACUCAAAUGCAGAGCAAAGGGAGGCCAUGGUUGCAGCGGAAAGGCGUCAAGUUGAUGAAAGAGUUAAAAAAAUCAUUGAACUGAAAAAUAAGGUUUGUUCUGGUAAUGACAAUAACUUUGUUGUCAUUAAUCAAAAGGGAAUUGAUCCCCCGUCGCUUGACCUUCUUGCAAGGGCAGGGAUAAUUGCCCUUCGGAGAGCGAAGAGGAGAAAUAUGGAACGGUUGGUUUUGGCUUGUGGAGGAGAGGCUGUAAAUUCUCUAGAUGAUUUAACUCCUGAUUGCCUUGGUUGGGCUGGACUAGUCUAUGAGCAUAUCCUUGGAGAAGAGAAGUAUACAUUUGUUGAAAAUGUGAAGAACCCUUAUUCUUGUACAAUCUUAAUUAAAGGGCCUAACGACCAUACAAUUGCCCAAAUAAAGGAUGCUGUUCGUGAUGGCUUGAGGGCAGUAAAAAAUACUAUUGAAGAUGAAUCUGUUGUCUUAGGUGCUGGAGCUUUUGAAAUUGCAGCUAGACACUAUCUAAUGAACGAAGUAAAGAAGACUGUUCAAGGGCGUGCUCAACUUGGUGUUGAAGCUUUUGCCAAUGCUCUUCUUGUGGUGCCCAAGACACUUGCUGAGAACUCUGGGCUUGACACUCAAGAUGUUAUCAUUUCUCUUACGGGAGAGCAUGACCGAGGGAAUAUCGUGGGAUUAAACCAGCACACAGGAGAACCUAUUGACCCCCACAUGGAGGGUAUUUUUGAUAACUACUCGGUGAAGCGCCAGAUCAUAAAUUCAGGGCCUGUAAUUGCAUCCCAGUUGCUAUUGGUGGAUGAAGUAAUUCGUGCUGGGCGUAACAUGCGGAAGCCAACUUAGCUCGUGAUAUUCUUGAGGAUGUGGUUUUUUUUUUUAAUGUGGAAGUUUUCAACUGAAUGUGAGAAACCUACUUUUUGUGAAAAGAGGGGUCUUAUUUUUAGAGGAUCGUUAUUGAGGGAGUCUCCAUUUGCAUCUGACAUGGGAUUUUUUUGGUGCGCGCGCUAUGUGCUGUUAUCGGUAUUCCUCAAGAUUCGCAGUUGUAAUGGGGACCUGUCACGAGGAAUGUCUUAUGGACAUUUCUUGCUUUUGAUGACCUUUUUAUUGUCUUAAUGGCAUUUUGAAAAGAAACAUUAAACAGAC